ACGCAGCGCGUCCCCUGUUAGUAACCUGUGGCAGGACCACUUCUUCCGGGGUUUUUAGCAUUUAGAGGCUGGGAGUCAUAGAAUAAAAUGACAAAUAUGUAAAAAAACGACAAACGACACAACGUUGGCGACGUCACUGUGUAGUUUGAAGCUGUGUGUCCGCGCGCAGGUGGGGCCGUUAAUCUAAAGCGGCUAACGGCAGCUAGCGAGCAACAACCAUGAUGGCGACCAGCUACAGCGCCAAAGACGAGGACGGACACAUCACGGUGUCGGGACCUGGCGCCGGGACUCUGCGGAGCAAGAAGCCCGAAAACACCGCGUUCAAGCAGCAGCGGCUCCCCGCGUGGCAGCCCAUCCUCACGGCGGGCACCGUCCUCCCCGCGUUCUUCAUCAUCGGACUCAUCUUCAUCCCGAUCGGCAUCGGCCUGUACGUCACGUCCAACAACAUCAAGGAGUUCGAGAUCGACUACACGGGAGUGGACAUGUCCAGUCCCUGCUUCAACUGCUCUCAGAACUACAGCUGGAACAGCACCAGGCCGUGCACGUGCACCAUCCCCUUCUACCUGGAGACGCCGUAUGAGAGCAAUGUCUUCAUGUACUACGGCCUCAGCAACUUCUACCAGAAUCACCGGCGCUACGUGAAGUCGAGGGACGACAGCCAGCUCAACGGAGACGUGGGCUCCCUCCAGAAGCCCAGUAAGGAGUGUGAGCCGUACGCCUACCAUGAAAACAGGCCCGUGGCUCCGUGCGGGGCCAUCGCCAACAGCAUGUUCAACGACACACUGGAGCUGUUUUACAACAACCCAAACGGCACAAAGCUCCAGAUUCCACUGACGAGCACGGGAAUCGCCUGGUGGACCGACAAGCAUGUGAAGUUCAGGAACCCUGGAAAUGACCCCAACCUCACAGCCGCUUUCCAAGGGACCACCAAGCCGGUGAACUGGCGCCGGCCGGUCUACGAGCUGGACUCCGACCCAGAGAACAACGGCUUCAUCAACGAGGACUUCAUCGUGUGGAUGAGAACCGCCGCCUUGCCGACCUUUCGCAAACUCUACCGCAUCAUCCAGAAGAAGAACAGCAUGGUUCCAACCCUGCCGCGAGGAAACUACACUCUGGAGGUGGUCUACAAUUAUCCCGUCCGCAGAUUUGAGGGGCGGAAGCGUGUGAUCCUCAGCACCAUCUCCUGGAUGGGAGGCAAGAACCCGUUCCUGGGCAUCGCGUACAUGACCGUGGGCUCCGUCUGCUUCCUGCUGGGCGUCGUCCUUCUCAUCAUCCACCACAAAUACGGCAACCGCAACAACAGCGCCGACAUCUCCAACUGAGAGGCCGACGCUCGGCGCCUCCGUCACGUUUAGAAACGUCGGCACAGCCUCACUUCUGGCUUUACAGUUUUCUAGUUCCACGAUUCUUUGCCAAAGUGAAUGGAAAAAUAGCCACAAAUUAGAUGCCACACUUUCUCCUGUAACGUUCAAAAGCAGAAUCUUAGCGAUUUCUGGCUUUUCAGGAUGAAAACCUUGGAAACGGUGGUCCCAUUCCAGUGGAUAAAGAGUUUGGUAACGUUUCAAAGGUUAAGCCAGUGAAGGUGAGGUGCAUGCUGGGUAAUGGCUUGUGUGUGCCUUGUUUGUCUGUGACCUUGUCCUGCUUUGUAACAAAAAAAAAAAGCUUUCCCACAGUUGUGGCACUUUUUAAAAGACAAUUCCACAGCAGAGGGAACAGUUUUAUUUAUUUCAGAGACUUUUGCAUUUUAACGCUGCCUUUUGUUCUUCAGGAGUGUAACCGUUGCUGUCUUGCUCAGAGGAACUAAGGCAUAGUGACGUUGUUGCAGCUGCAUUGUGUUUAUGCAGAUGUUUGGACGCAGUUUACCAUUAAUUAUAAUGACUGUGUUUUGGUGAAUAGGUUCAUACGUCAAACAAAUUAUCAGCUCCUCUGCUCAUUUAAAUGCACUAAAGACAUUAUCAGCACAUCAGUGUGUAUAAGGGUUAAACGUUGGCUGGUCGUUCAGUCUGUUUACUGUCAUUCUACAGCCGCCUAUAGCUGAGCUUCAGCCAGCGCUGCAUGAGAAAUGUACACAGCUGUUUGACUUACAUCACUUGCUUGUUGAGCUCUUUUAAUCAUGUCUUGGUGUUUAAAUUAAACGUGUAAUGAAAGAAA